GCAAAGAUAGAGGUGCCAAAAUUGUGACUCGAAAUUUUAGCUUAAUUGAAGUAAUUAAUUAAUAGAACCAGCAAAUCAAAUAGUUGUUGCGUGCAAUUUUAUUCACCAUUAUCAUUAUCACUACACAUUAUUGAGCUCUAAUUGAGAAGAUUGAAACUUGAAGAAUUUGAAUUUUUUGAAAUGGAAAUCCUAUUUAAGAUUUUGAAUCGGAGAAAGCUAGUCGACAUGGCAAUGACGACUUUGUUAUGGUGGCUGAGGCCUAUCAAGACAACAACAAAGACGGCGGCAAAAGAGGAGGAAGUGGAGGAGCCGCUUAGUCCGGCGACGCGUGUGUUCCACACGCCGCAGAUGAACUGCUGCAUAGUGGCGGUGGUUGGGUGUAAGACGGUGAUCGACGUUGAGGUUAUUAAAGAAGGGAUUUAUCAAACUUUUGUUAAACAUCCUCGCAUCUCAAGCAAAUUGGUAUUUGAUCCCAAAAAACUGGGUAAACCCAUUGGAUGGAUCCGAACCAAGGUGGAUGCAAACAACCACAUAAUCAUCCCAAAUUUAAAUCCACAAAUGGACUCACCAGAUGAAUUCAUUGAUGAAUAUGUUUCAAACCUAGCUCAAACUCCUAUGGACUUAACAAAACCAUUAUGGGAAGUCCACAUCCUCAACACCAAAACAAAGGAUGCUAACUCCAUUGCUAUCUUCAGAAUACACCACUCAGUAGGAGACGGGAUUUCCCUUAUGUCCCUUGUACUUGCUUGUACUCGGAAAACCUCUGAUCCUAACGCGGUCCCUACAUUCCCUACCGAAAACAAGAAGAAAAAGAAGUUAUUGGUUGACACGAGUAACUCGUGGUUUUUAUGGGUUUGUUUUCUAUGGAUGAUGUUAGCUUUCAAGAUGUUUUGGAACACUAUCAUAGAUUUGUGCAUGUUCUUGGCCACAAUUGUGUUUCUUAAGGAUACUAAGACUCCUUUGAAAGGCUCUGUUGGGACUGAAAGGGCACCGAAAAAGUUUGUUUACAGGACUCUUAGCCUUGAUGAUAUCAAAUUGGUGAAGAAUGUCAUGAAUGUGACGAUAAAUGAUGUGGUUCUGGGGAUAACUCAAGCAGGCUUGUCACGUUACCUUAACAGGAAGUAUGGCGAGUCCAAGGGAGCCGGGAAGGUGCAACAGAACAAUUUGCCUAAACAUAUCCGUCUCAGAUCAACACUCCUUGUGAAUAUCAGACCAACUUCCAAGCUUGAGCAUUUAGCAGAACAAAUGGAAACAGAUGAUCCAAAGAAGAGAAAAUGGGAAUGGGGGAACUCAAUUGGUUACAUCCUCUUACCUUUCCACAUAGCGUUAAGAGAUGAUCCAAUGGAUUACAUACGCAGUGCUAAGGCAACCAUUGACAAGAAGAAACGAUCACUUGAAGCAAUUGUCACAUUUAUGAGUGCUAGAAUUGUUUUGAAGACAUUAGGGCUUGGGGUGGUUGCUGGUAUAACACAUAGGGUUUUAUCUCAUACUACAUUUUCCUUCUCGAAUGUGGUUGGUCCAAAGGAAGAAAUAAGCUUCUAUGGUCAUCCCAUGACUUUCCUUGCUCCUAGUGUGUAUGGACACCCACAGGCUUUGACAGUACAUUUUCAGAGUUACAUGGAUAAGAUGACUUUGGUUCUAGCAGUUGAUAAGAAUUUGAUCCCUGAACCGCAACUACUGUGUGAUGAUAUUGCGGAAUCACUUGAACUUGUAAAGCAAGCAGUUCAGAAGAUAAAGGUCUUCAAGAUUUAGCAUCUAUGUUUUAGUUUCUUUUUGGAGCAAUACACAUUCAUUUAAAUACGGAGUAUUACAUAUUCCUUUCAUUUGAUUGCUCAAAUAUAACAAGUUUUUGCACAUAUAA